UAAAAAUAUUUUAUGGCAUGACACCCAUAUCUGGUUUUUAAGUAAAAAGUCGGGUUUUUAUGUGUAGUUAAUAGAUUACACUAUUACUCAACUUUAUUUUGCCCAUCACCCAUUAUAGUUCAAAUAACAAUCUGGUGCAAAACGUAUUUACUUACACAUGUUUGAGAAUAGAGGUAUUUCCUGAUAUAGUUAACAUGUUUGGAAAUAUUUCAAAUAAAAAGGAAAAUUAAAAUAUAACCCCUCGUGCCCCCUCAAAAUGAGUUGCAUGACGCCCCUGGUUGCCGCGGGUUGUUUUUCAUGUCCGCAGGUUGAAGCGACCCCAAUAACGUGAUAUUUAGCCCCUGGAAUGCGAAUUUUACUGGAGGAUCCCCGCCGAAAAACGCAAUUGGGCUAGCUUUGGGCUAGUUUUGAGUAGCAAUUGGGCGGGUUUUGUUGCUAAAACCUUGCAACCCUGAGUCACGCCCUCAACCUGUGUUUUCUUCGACGGGAAUGUCCAUCCUGCUUUAGCCAGGCAAGCGAGAGGAGCCUCCCAGCUGCGCUGGAUUUGAAUGUUUAGUGUACAGACAUAAAAACUAAAAUGUCAAAAUCCAUCAAAGAGUUCAGUCUUCACUACGACUCGAUUAAUGAAAGCAAUACUUUUUCUAGUGGGGAUAUUGUGGAGGGACGAGUUGUUUUGGAGGUAACCAAAGAAAUAAAGGUGGACAGUUUUUUUGUGAAGCUGACGGGGGACGCACAUGUGAGCUGGACUGAAGGCUCAGGUGACGACGAAAAAACCUACAGUGACCAUGAGAGAUACUUCAAACUAAAGCAAUACUUCAUUCAAGAGAGCUCGAAGAAAGGAGAAAGUGAAAAGAAUACAACUCUUGUAGAUGGAGAGACUUAUGGACCAGUGAUUAUGCCAGGAAGUCAUGUUUUUCCAUUCAGAUUUCAGCUGCCUCAACAAAAUAUGCCGCCAUCUUUUAAAGGAUUUCGUGGCUGGGUUAAGUAUGUCUUGACAGUAAAUCUGAGCAGGCCUUGGAAGUCAACAUCUUCUACACAUACAGAAUUAAACUUUGUGCUGAGAAAUGAUGGGACCAGUGAUCAUUUACUGCAACCACAAUCUGCCACACAAGACAAGAAGAUGAAACUUUUUGGCUCAGGAAAAAUGUCAAUGAAUGUAACAGCUGAAAAAACUGGCUAUAUGCAAGGUGAAACAAUCAAAAUUUUUGUUGACAUAGACAACUCUUCAUCUCGUGAUGUCAAGCUAAAGUAUAGCCUCAGGCAGCAACAGACGUUCAUUGCUGGCAGGAGAACUAAAAGAGCAUAUAAGGAUAUAGUCAAAGAGACUAGAGAUCGCAUCCCGUCUGGAGAAAAGUCCAAAUUCAUAGUGGACAUGACCCUUCCACAUGACCUGAAUGUCACCAUUGAAAACUGCAGAAUUCUAAAAGUGCAGUAUGAACUCAAGGUGUAUCUGGAUGUGUCUUUUGCCUCAGAUCCAGAAGUCAAAUUUCCCGUGGUUAUUCUUCCAGCCGAACAACAGUGUCCUCCCUGGCAAGGCCCACCUGGAGGAGUCCAGCCAUAUCCACCACCUCAGCCUAACCUUGUGCCUUAUCCUGGUGAACUACCUCCUCCACCUGCAGGGCUUUACCCCAAUCUGUACGACCCUACAGUGCUGCCCUAUCCAGAAGCUGCUGCAGGGGUCUAUCCCAAUCCAAAUCCACAUGCCAUCCAGCCUGGUUUCCAACCGGCUCCUUCUGCACCAGUUUAUGAUCCAAAUCAAAGCACUAAAGAAUCCACUCCUAAUAUGCCUUAUUAGUCUCGUUCACUAGCCAAACAACUUUGUCUGCAUGCCUUCUAUCUACAAGCUCAGUGCCUAUUAUUGUGCCUUUUAAGCUUAGAACUUUUCUCAUUAUACAGCAAAUGUAUAUAGACCUUAUGUAGCCCUGCACUUUUCAGCACUGCACUCAUUGUCUUCUGUUUUCAGUUUAUAUUUUCACAACAUGGAGGUAAGAUUUUAUGGAUUUUUGUAUGAACUGGUCAUUUUAAAAUCUUCCGGGACAUUUGUUUUGACAUUGAUUUCAAAGAUUUUAGUGCUUAUGAUAACUUUUGUUAACACUACAUUAAGUACUGUAAGUCCAGUUCACCUGCUAAAACCCUUCGACAGCAAUGUUGUAGAUCUAUACAGAGCUACUGCAAAACGGAAGUUCAAAAUAACAUUAUAAACUUUUUGCUUGUUUUACUGAAGCAUAAGGUCUACAAUCAACAGUUCUUGAUAGUAAAAAACCCCUUUAUCUCUAAACACUCCUACUGUAACAUGUUUUGCUGAUUGUACUGCAGUUGUAUUGAACUGCAUUCGGACUUUUGACCUCCAUCCAUGAUGAAAUGAUCUAUAGACAGUAUCUAUUACUGCAAUUAUCUAUUACUCACUCAACCUGCUUGUAUGAGUUUCUUUACUGAAGUUAUGAUUAUUUCAUAACAUGUUGGAUACUCGAGAAUCAAAUGUGACUAAAAGUAACAACAGACCCUAUGAAAUUAUGCUAAAAUAAUUGUGGUGACAUGCAAGAAUUAAAACAUCUCAGUCUUGCUUU